GCUGCAGAUGAUGAUGAUGUUUCUUACCUCAUUAGCACCUCCCCUGUAUGGCUUCCAGUCGCAAGAGUUUAUCCCUUUUCGUUUUGCGAGUGGCGGUGGAAGAGAGCUUCAUUUCUACGAGGAAAAGGAAGCUGACCUCAGUGACAUUAUAAACACACCUCUUCCCAGAGUCCCACUAGAUGUGUCUCUUAAAGCUCACUGGUUAAGUAUUGAGGGGAUGCAACCAGCUAUUCCAGAAAAUCCACCACCAGCAACAAAAGAGCAACAGAAAGCUGAAUCUACAGAGCCUCUCAAAGUAGUCAAACCUGGUCAGGAGGAGGAAGGUACAAUUCAAGGCAAGAGUCAGGGAACAACAACUCCUGACGGUAAAGGAAAGGAAAAGGGUCUAAUAAGGUUGAAACCACGCAGCACUCAUGAGCUUUCUGUUGAACAGCAGCUCUACUACAAGGAAAUCACAGAAGCAUGUGUUGGAUCCUGUGAAGCUAAGAGAGCUGAAGCCUUACAGAGUAUUGCUACUGAUCCUGGACUUUAUCAGAUGCUUCCAAGAUUCAGCACAUUUAUUUCUGAAGGCGUGCGUGUAAACGUGGUGCAAAACAACUUGGCUCUUCUGAUUUAUCUGAUGCGGAUGGUCAAAGCUCUGAUGGAUAACCCCACCCUGUAUCUGGAAAAAUACCUUCAUGAGCUCAUCCCGGCUGUGGUCACCUGUAUUGUGAGUAAGCAGCUGUGUUUGCGACCGGAUGUUGACAACCACUGGGCUUUACGGGACUUUGCUGCUCGUCUUAUGGCCCAAAGUUGUAAAACCUUCAGUACAACAACCAACAACAUUCAGUCUCGUAUUACCAAGACUUUUACCAAGAGUUGGCUGGAUGAUAAAACACAGUGGACGACACGGUACGGCUGCAUCGCUGGGCUUGCGGAACUGGGAUCAGAUGUGAUAAAGACAUUGAUAAUUCCUCGGCUUGCUGUAGAGGGUGCUCGCAUCAAAGCAGUGAUGGAAGGACCAGUGGUCUCUAAUAUUGAUAAGAUAGGAGCUGAACAUGUUCAAAGCCUCCUACUGAAACAUUGUGCCAGUGUUAUUGCCAAGUUACGACCUCAGCCUGACAACGUGGACCAGUAUCGCACAGACUAUGGUUAUCUCGGACCCAUGCUUUGCUCCCAUGUAAUGAAGGCCAGGACUCAAGCAGCACUGCAAGCUCAGCAAGUCAACAGAACCACAUUAACAAUCACUCAGCCGCGUCCCACCCUUUCAGUCUCGCAAAGCGGGCUAAGUGGGUCAUCAGGUCCUCGCACUCCCAGCAUCAUUAAGGUCCCAAGCUCCCUCACACUGAUGUCGCCACGACCUGGUACUCCAUCACAGCCAUCUCCCCCAGCUACUAAGUACAUUGUUAUGGCAACCAGUGCAGGAGCCGCAUCAACUCAGCAGGUCAUAACUCUCAGCUCUUCACAGUCAGCUUCACCAGUAACUAGUACUGUUCCCAGUGCUACAUCUACCUUGCAGCCUUUGGUAAAACUGGAGUCUGGCAGUGGAGCUGGACUCACAGCUUCACGACCUCUGCAGAAGUACAUAGUCGUGUCUCUGCCCUCAUCUGCCUCUUCAUCUUUGGAGACUAAGAGCUCUGUGCUACCCACCUCAAUUUCCUCAAGUUCACUAGAUGGAGGGAUGAAGCUGGAGCGGUCCGAGUCUCCUGGAGCAAGCACACAGUCGCCACACUGAGACUUGUAUGAGUAGUGGAGAUUCCUAUCAUGUUGGAGCAGCUGAGCACAUAAGGAGAUUUGUUUGGGCUGAACUUAAUGGGGCAACCUCUGAGGUGGUAUGAAGGGGCAAUAUCUGAA